CAGGGACGCCGAUCCAUGUUUAAGGAGGGGGUCAAAAGUGAAUUAAAGAUCAACAAGUUCGAUGCAGAAUUUCGCCGAGAACUGGACAAUGUUACAAUACAGUGAAUAGCAUGUCCAAAAUGAGGUCGUCCUUCGUUUUAGCCAUUCUGAUCUCAAUGGUGGCAGGUAUCGUGGCUAUCGACUGCUACCAAUGUAACGGUUCCGGUUGUAAAGACCCUUUUGACCCAAGUGGUUCCGGUGUCAUUAAAGGUUGCACUACUCCGGAAUUUUUCUCUCAUUGUCAGAAAAUUGUUUACGGAUCGGAGGUGACUCGAUUCUGCGCUAGUUCCUGUCACGAAGGCUGUUCGGGUGACGUGUGCACCCACUGCUGUACCUCCGAUUUCUGCAACGGAGGGAACGCCUUGACAACCAGUCUAGUAACCAUGGGUGUGGUCGUGUUUGCGGGCUUUAUCCUGGCCAGCCAAUAGGAUUGUAGAAUGCGCCUCACGUGACCGGAUCGUUGCGACACAGGAAACCGUCUUCAGUGUUUCGAUCUCCGAAAAGUCUAAGAUUAUAAGAAGUGUCCCUCAAAAUAAAGUAGAAUUAUGUACAUUAACGAUUAACAAAAUAGGCUCAGCAACGUGAAUUGAAAUCAGUUAUUGUCUAACAUGUCAAUCACUCUUGAAAACAUUUGCAAGUCCCGAUUUUCCGUAUGAAAAUUCAAUUUUCGAAUAUUAGAUAUCUCCCUCUCUCGA